GUAAGGUUGUUUAGGUCAGGAUGUCUGGACGAGGCAAGCAAGGCGGCAAAACUCGUGCCAAAGCUAAGACCCGCUCUUCGCGGGCUGGGCUCCAGUUCCCUGUGGGCCGAGUGCACCGCCUGCUCCGCAAAGGCAACUAUGCCGAGCGGGUCGGGGCCGGCGCGCCGGUGUAUUUGGCGGCGGUGUUGGAGUACCUGACGGCCGAGAUUCUGGAGCUGGCGGGCAACGCGGCUCGGGACAACAAGAAGACGCGUAUCAUCCCGCGCCAUUUGCAGCUGGCCAUCCGCAACGAUGAGGAGCUUAACAAGCUGUUGGGCAAAGUCACUAUCGCUCAGGGUGGCGUCCUGCCUAACAUCCAGGCCGUGCUGCUGCCCAAGAAGACCGAAAGUCACCAUAAGGCUAAGGGCAAGUAG